ACAAACAAUUUGUUCCCCCUGCCUAGGCCGCCGCCGGGGAAGCGGGGAAAAAGAUCCCGUCCCAAUGGCUCUCCUCCCCCAAAUCCUCCACUCUCCUCACCCCGCGCUCGCCGCCGCCGCCUCCUCCUCUCGCGCAUUCUGCCGAGCACCACGCCACCUCCAUGUCUCAGCGUCCCGGGGCCGGGGCCGCGGCCGCCUCGCCACGGCGGCGGGGGCGUCCGGGCCCGGACCAUCAUCGCCGGAGCCAUCUCCCCCUGAGUCCGACGACGGGCUGGUGGAGCUCCCGCUGUUCCCUCUCCCGCUCGUGCUCUUCCCGGACGCCACGCACGCGCUGCACAUCUUCGAGUAUCGCUACCGCAUCAUGAUGCACACGGUGCUGCAGACCGACCUCCGCUUCGGGAUCGUCUUCGUCGGCAACUCGGGGUCCGCCGCGGAGGUGGGCUGCGUCGGGGAGGUCGUCAAACACGAGCGCCUCGCCGACGACCGGUUCUUCCUCAUCUGCAAGGGCCAGCAGCGGUUCCGCGUCGCCCGCAUCGUGCGCACCAAGCCCUACCUCGUCGCCGCCGUGCAGUGGCUCGAGGACCGCCCGCCCGCAGAGCCCCCGGCGCCCGGGGAGGACGCCGAGGCGCUCGCUGCCGACGUCGAGGCCCUAAUGCGGGACGUCAUACGCAUCGCCAACCGCCUCAACGGCAAGCCUGAGAAGGAGGUCGGGGACCUGCGCAGGGGCCUGUUCCCCACCCCCUUCUCCUUCUACGUCGGCAACACCUUCGAGGGCGCGCCCCGCGAGCAGCAGGCGCUCCUCGAGCUCGAGGACACCGCCGCCAGGCUGCGCAGGGAGCGGGACACCCUGCGCAACACGCUUAACUACCUCACCGCCGCCUCCGCCGUCAAGGACGCAUUCCCUUCCUCGCCGUCUUCGGGGUGAAGUGAGGUGAGGUGAGGUCGUCACUCGUCAGCUAGGAAUGGAUGAGGAUAAGGAGUUUGUGGUCGUGGGUAUAGGACUGAACUUUGUUAUCACUCUUUCAAGCCCUUUUUCUUUCUUCUUUCUCUUAUUAUUAUAUAUUCUAUGGCUAGGUUCUAUCUGCAUGGGGUUAGCAUCUUAGCGUGUAAAAUUGUAUAAUUUGGUGUGUGUUAACUCAAGAAAAAUUGGAGCUGUGAUAUAUAAGUCCUUGAAAAGGACGGGAAUUUUGCUCUCA